AUGCGAAUCGGUAACACGAAUGCGUCGCUAGCUAUCUCUAGCCGGUCACAUGACCAAACAAGAAACUUCAAAUUUCAUGCAGGUUUCUAUGGUGAUUUUCGGCGUCCUGUUUCUACUGGUGUCUUGAAUAACCAGCGAUUUUUCACUGUUUCUCAUAAAAGUGUUAAAACUGUAAGAAGUGACUAGGAAGAAAACACAACUACUUGUGGAUAUUCUAACGGAGACAUGGCAUCGGGAGUCCGAGCCCGGACACCCGGGACCAUGACGGUUCUGGAUCCCGGCAGCUCAGUGUCGCCAGACACAGCAAGACCUCCAUCUUCAGGAAGGAGAUCUAUUACAAAGAGUUUUAGUCUGGAGAUGAGAAGAAGCAGUUUGGAGGUCCUGAACCCUGCUAAGGAGGAGGAGGGGAGGAGAACUAACAGUGCUGGGUCAUCAGGCAGGCGAUCAGCACUUGAGGUACUGGACAGUCCAGGUGAGGCCAGACCCUACACACCUGACGCAGGUGAUACCAGACCAGGUAGUGGAGGGAGGAGGCCAUACACACCUAACAAACAGGUGUCUCUUAAGGUGGCCAGGAAGAAUCCAGAAAUUAAUGGGACCCGGCUCCCCAGCCCUAAGAGAGAGUCUACCACAAAACUACCCAACAGAACACAGGAGACUCCCAGUUCUGAACCAGCUGCCACCGGUGUUACAGACAGGAUGGACAGAAGGAGGGAUGAGCUAGAUGGAGAAGAGGAAGAAAUGAGGCAGAGGCUGGAGAGGUUGGAGCUGGAAGAAGGGAGAAGGAGAGAGUGUAAAGACACUUCUCAAGGAAAGUCUCACAGAGAAGUCCCAAUACAGCCUGAUGGAGACCCUUCCCAGAAUGCUCCAGGUAAUGCAGCACCUCAACUUCCUCCAGCUGGACCAGGGGAGCAGGAAGAGGAGGGAAGUGAUGACAGUGAUGAUGAUGAUGAGGAGGAGGAGGAGGAAGAAGAUGAAGACGACAGUGAUGAUGAAAUCAAGGCACCAUUUGAACUACUAGGAGAGUUCUUAGAGUCAGUCAUGAAGGAAGAGUAUGAAACAGCACAGAAGUUAUGCCAGAUGAUUCUAAUCUAUGAACCAGAAAACCCGGAAGCUCUACAGUUCAAGCCUUUGAUAGAAGAAAGACUACAACAAGAGGCUGAAGCUGAAGAAGAGAGCAGCAGCAGUGAAGGGUCCACAGAUGAUGAUGAUGAUGAUGAUGAUGAUGAUGACGACGACGAUGAAAGUACCACAUCAUCUUCCGGAGAUGAAGAUGAUAAAGAAGAAGAUGCAGAGAAGAAGAGCAAAGAGACAACUGGUUCAGAAAAGAAAGCAGACGACCAGGCAACAGCAUCAAGCAGCAAAUAUCCUCCGACUUUCCUCACCAAUUAGUGUAAUUAUUCAAUUCUCAUAAUUCCACCAGAUGCCAUUAUACUGCCUCAUCAAAAAUUGCCAUUAUAAACUUAUAGAGGCCUUCUCAAGAUUGUCUUGAAUGCCUAAAUGUCUGAAGUGUAUAUACCUUAGGAUUAGUGAUGCUACAUUGGUACCAUUUAAUUUUUCUAAUAACCUAACAUUUGUGUAUUUGUUUCUCACAUGGAGGU